AUGUAUUCAUUAUUGUGUAAGGCUCUACCUUUUAACACUAUAAGUGUAAAAAAUGCUAGAGGCAUUAGUUUAACAUUGUUCAAUAAGAAACAAACUAUAGAUCACUCAAAAGUACCUAUUAUUAAUGAAAAUGAACUUGAAGAAAUGUUUGUUAAGGGCAGUGGCCCUGGUGGAUCAGCAGUCAAUAAGAAUGCUAAUUGUGUUGUAUUAAAACAUAAACCAACUGGCAUUGUAAUUAAAUGCCAUGAAUCAAGAUGUGUUGAAGAUAACAGAAAAAUGGCUAGAGAUAAACUAGCUACAAAAUUAGAUGUGUUACAAAAUGGUAAUGAAUCAGUCGAAGCACAAAAAAAAGCCAUCAUGGAAAAAAAGAAUGCACAAAAAGAAUGGAAACGGAAAAAAUUAGAAACAUUAAAAAAAGAUUGGAUUGAAAGAGAAAGUAGUUUUAAACCUUAAAUUAUUAUAAAUUCAUAACUAUUAGUUUAGUAUUUGAGCUGUAAUUUGUUAAAAACUAAAUUAACUGUAAAUGUUAUUUUAAAAUUAGAAGUAAUUAUAUUAAGCAUUUAUUAAUUUUAAUUUUUUGAUUUAUUUUAAAUCAGUCUUAAUUAGUAAAAUGUAGUAAAUAUAAUUGAAUAAACAAUGUAUGUAUAGUACAGAAGUGCUAGGUUAUGAAAAUAUCA